AAAAUAUGGAAAACUUUAAUCUGUUGCCGAUUUCACGUGUUUUAUGGAAAGUCAAACUUGCUCUUUAUAUAUACCGGAGAAAACCGGAAGGUUUGGUGAAAUCACCACUGGCUUUUUCGGUACUCGUCUGCAAGAGCGUUAUUUUUUAAUUUUAGAAUUGAUGGCAACAGCACUUUUACCGCGGUUAGUAUUUAGCAAAUUGGCCAGAGGGAAGAAAGAUACCGUGAAUGAGGACUCAGCACCGAAAUCAAAUUUAUGGAGGCAGGUUGCGUAGCAGUUGAGGAUACCAGAAAAUUUAUUGCAUUCAUCUUUCACGGAGAAUCCCUGCUUUAGAGAUUAUAUUGAAUGAUUCAUCCUCGACAGAGAAGAGUUAAAUGUUGAAAUGAGAUAUUUAACAAAGCUUUUAGGGAUAAGAUUUACAGUGAAAUGUGCAUCAGAGAUUUACAAAGACUAACAGGACAAACAAAAUGAGUGUGAACAAAAAUGCAAUACUAUUUGAUACAUUGAAUCUAUAUAGAAACUGGAUAUUAGGCCAGGGCCCAGGAUAUCUCAUGGAAUCGGAUUUAUCGGCCGCGCAUCUCUACUGGAAUGUCAGGCUCGAUAUUUCUGGCUAUUGCUCGAGUCAGUGACAGUGAGCGCCUGGCGGUUAAAUAUCCUGUCAGGUGGAGGUGUUUGUGGCGAAUCUUCACGGGAGAUUUCAACCAGAGCUUUUUCACAAAGGUAUUUUAGAGGCCAGCCCUGUGAAAUUGGUGAAUGGUGGAGUCAAAGGGUUUUGAAAGAAAUAUGGAGUCGCAAGGUUUUUCUGUUUAUUCUGGAAUGAUGGGGUUUCCGCCAUUGUUGGGAGACUCUGAGAAUAAACCCUCGAAAAAGUACGUUAUAUUUGAUCAAAGUGAAAAUUCCAGGAGAAUUUGGAUGCCGCCUCAUUUGCUGGAGACUAUAUCGCUUCAGGAAACUAUAGCGUUAGGGUUUGCGACCUAUGAAAACGCGAAAGCUGCGAGGGCUAAGUCAGUAUUCCUGUCACCGGCGGAUCCAGCCAGAAGGGAGAAUGGGUCCCGUAAUAUUGAUUCUGUGUCCGAUAAUGCAAAUUCCUAUCAGACCGAGGCUUCCGAAGAACUUGAUGCUUUGCUGUCUUCGGAAGAUGACGAGGAGGGUGAGGACGAGGUUACCAGCUCUAUAACCUUUGCUGACAGUGAAGAAUUCUGGGGUUGCAGUGGAGCGUCGGAUGAGAUGGAUCAGUCCAAAAAAUGGAGACAAGCCGGGAUUGCUGGUGCAAAGCAAAAUGAUGCAGACAUUGGAGAAUUCAAUUUGGAGAAGCGCAGACAUGGCGAUGCUGAUGGAGACGUUCAUCUCCCCUCUCCAAAAUGCAGGAAUUUGCAGUAAUGGUGAUCAAGUCGGAGAAGAGUAAGAUUCUAACUGGACUCACAGAAGCAAACACAAGUUAAUCACCUUGAGUAGGAUAUGAUAGAUAGCUGGGAGCUUGGAAACAUGCCUGUUUUGCAUGACGAAACGUUUGCCUUGUAAAGACAUUACAAGUUCUUAACAAAAUAAAUAAAUAAACCACAGAAUCUUGAAGCC